AUGAAACAAAAUAGUUCGAAGGGAGAAAAGGGAUCUGACGGUUUGCCGCUAAAGAAGGAUCGUUCAUUACCCAUUCGGAACCGAUGUCCAUAUUGUAAUAAAGAUUUUACGGACAAGUACCUAAUGACGACGCACAUUCGAUGGUACACGAGAAGAAAACCCCUUCAAGUGUGUCCCCACUGUUCGAAAACAUUCACUCAAUCGAUAACUCUGAAGAUACACGCCAGGUUGCACACCCGGGAAAACUCCGUACGUGUGCAAAUACUGCGACCGAGGGUUCACUCAAUCCUACAAUCUGACGGUGCACCUGCGAACCCAACACAACCAGAUAAUGGUACAGGACGCGAAGUCGACGUGCUGCCCGAGCACAAAUGUCGAGUAUGUAGCAAGGUCUACCGAUCGGCGAAAAGUUUCCGGCUACACGAAAAGUUGCAUGCCACCAGGAAACUGUUCGAUUGUGGUAAAAAGUAUAACACAUAUGUGGCCAAAUGCAAGGCUUCUAAUACCGACGUGAAGGAAAAGAUGUACUCGUGUAAAAUCUACAGCCAAACAUUCAAGCAGCAGCAAAGCGGGGUGUACCACAUGAGCAACAAAAACAAUCACAAACGGUUCGACAGAGGUUUUGAGAGAUCUGGAGACGGACGAAGGAGAGGCAAUUUGCCGAAGCUAAAAUAA